UAGAUGCCGCCCAUGGCGCUGGUGGAAUCCGUGAUGGCGCUGGUGGAUUACUCGUCGGAGGAGGAGCCCGCGCGGUCGGAGCUGCUGGAGAGCUCUGACGAGGAGGAAGAAAUCCGCAAUGGAGGUGAGGAAGAUUAUCAUCGCCAGCAGAAUGGCGGCGGCCACGACGAUCCAGGGCAGCUGCAAGAGGAUGAAGUGGUAGAGGAUGCAGCGAAUGCGCCGAGUUCUUCAUUGCUUUCUCCAGAAGAGGCCUUCUCAGAGAUUACAGGCCCUCCGGAGUUCCUCAAGCACGCGAUCAGUAGCGAGAGGCUGGAGCAACAGCAACAGCAGCAGCAAAAGAAACCUGUUGAAGCGGUUGUGGAGGCCAAACCACAGCUGGUGGCUCGCAGCAGCACCGAGGCUGUUGUAGCAAACGAAGCAACAGCGUCAGCGGCUGGAGAAGCAACGCCAAGAGUGAUCCAGCCGCAGAAUCCUCCGGCACAAGACGCGGCCGAGCUUCUAAGGAUGUGCGUCCAGUGCGGAGUGCCAAAGACGUCGUCCGAGGGGCGGAUGGUGUGCCCGGUUUGCAGGGACCGUCCUCGCAACAGCGAGCCGGAACAAGUCGACAAGAAGAGAGCGCCCAAAGUGAAGGACAAGGAGAAGAGCAAGCGAAUGAAAGGACAGUCGAGUCACGCAACCUGGAAGUCGGAGACUGAGAUGCAACUCCGGCAGCAGUUCGACUAACAAGAAUUUUACACUGGUGAGCUAAGCACGAAAGAUUUUCUGAGCUUACAAGAGUCCUGAAGAAUCUGUCGCUGAGAAUGGCCGCCUCCCAAUCCUCCUCCGAACUUGAAACAUACACAUGGAACUCGUAAGAACUCGAGAUGGGAAAGUACGAAAGGAAAUUACCUGUAGCCUUUGCAAGCCCGGUUGCGAGAGUCCUUGCUGAAAAGUAACGCGAUCUAAGUUUCGUGAAGGGAAGCUUGUUUAAAAGAGAGAGAAGCGCACCAUAUUGGAAGAAAGAAGUGAAGCUUGGGCGUU